AAUAACAUAAAUGGACUCGCUGAGUAGCUUUUGCUUCUCUUAUAUAUCAAUGUAACACGAAAUGAAAUCGUUGGAUUGUAGGAGAAAUAAUAAUAUCCAGAGGGAUUUAUAUGUAAUUCUCCACAGUCAUUCCUUGCGCUUACUAUCGGCCGUCACGAAAUUCGUUAUAGGCAUACAGCACGGUAUGCUUGUAGUGAGAGAGUGCGCCACUGUCGCUAGAAGCUGGAGCAUCGGUAUUGCGCAUGAUCCGUAUGUGGAAUCUUACAUGGCGCCCUCUCCCGCAUAAUGUACAGUUGUCGGCCGUGUAGCGUGCGAGUAGUUGUUUUGAAAACAGUGCGUCCGACGAUUGAAUGUGGAAAAAAAGUUGAUAUGCAAUGAGCUAAUGGUUAAAUGGAAGAAAGACUGCGAGGAGUGCGUAAAGAGCGUGGGGAAUUUGUGUAGAUUAGGCUUCUAAUGGUGAUGGGUGUGGUGGUCUCACAAUGACAGAGUCGAUGACCAGGAACAAUACCUCAGUGAACGUUGAGAGUAACGCACGAGUUGGAAUUUUCUUUCCGAAUUUUGCAAAAACCGUGUGGGAGAAGUGGGUCAGAGCGAAGGAUCCUAGUACCGUGGUAGGGGAGACGCUGACCAAUGUUAUUAUCCGACCAGAUACGAAAUUGAAUCUUCGGAUAUGUGCUCAACAAGCAGAGCAUGUGUGGACUUUUGAGAUCCUGACUGUUGGUAAGCCUCUCCAGAAUGUAGCUUUAACGCUGGAUGGGCACCGCGAAAACUUUGAAUUGAAAUCUGUAUCUACCAACAAGGAACACAUAGGUUUCUGCAAUAGGCAGGAAUGGUACGACCCACCUACAUCAGUGGUAACACAAGCUAUAAAAUCUGCUAAGUAUGCUACAAGUCUCAGUAAUGCAACUCACUAUAUUGUAAAAGUCGGUUUCGCUGCUCAGCAUUAUGGUACUUUUCGACAAGGUAUCCUCUUUGGAUUUGAAAAUAGUCAUGUUGUACGUAAGAAUAUCUGUGUGGAUUGUAUUCCCACGCAUGAUAUAGCCAGGUUGAAUGCGGCCAGUGAGUAUGUUCUUGGACAAAAUCCAACAAGAUGGACCUCAGAUAAUCAUGUGAUACAUCCCUUUGAAUCCCCUUUUGUUCCUGCUAAGGAUCCCAGAGAAGAAUAUCUCGCCAACAUCUAUCCUUAUCCCAACAAGAGUAACUUUUUCUUGACCCAUGCAACUCUUACUGAAAAUGGUCUCACACCAAAUAACUACCGAGGUCGUCUACACGAGUUGGUUUCUGUCGAAGAAUUGGCUAGGCACGAACAGGUCACAAGGUACAACGAGGUUGCACAGCUACGUCUUUCCUCAUACUAUAUCAUGUCACCGGAUACUGUCAGCGCAUCCACUGCCAAAUAUGCUUCACCUGGGGAGCUCUUUGCACAGCUUCCCCUGGGUCGUGAUUUGUCAGAAGAUACAAAAAGCGGCAGACUACUACUGCGAGGUUGCAACAGCGUCCUCAUAAAGCCGCUGAAGAAGGUACGAACACAGCAGCACGAUAUAGAAUUGCCUGAAGUCGCGUUCGAGGCUCACGUUGAAGACAAAUGUAACCGAACCAUCUACGUGAGAUUGUCCAAGCAAUGCGUGGAAUAUCUUCAUCUGGAGGUCGACACGAAUUUCAAUGCCCAAGUUCAAUUCGUCUUGAACAGAUUGCCAUUCUGUGAAUGGCACAGAGCGAUAGAUUGUCUACCGGAUACCGGUUUGGUCUUCCCGGAUAUAUCACUAAACGUCCAGGUACCUUGGUCGCCCUCUCAAUAUUGGAAUACCGAUCUAGACCAAAAAUUAAAUCCAAAACAACGCGAAGCCAUCAUGAUAAUGGUAGCUCCCCCUGAGAUCAUAAUACCGCCAGUCCUUCUGCUGGGUCCAUUUGGUACCGGGAAGACAUUUACAAUCGCACAGGGUCUGCGGGUGGUUCUACAGGAGAACAGAAACAGCAAGAUCUUACUUUGUACCCAGAGUAAUAGCGCCGCAGAUCUCUACGUCAAAGAUUUCUUUGACAGUUGGUACAAAUCUACCAUGAAUCCGAGAUUGAAGCCUUUAAGAAUUUAUUUCAAAGGUCGUGCGCGAAACACGGUUCAUCCCAUCGUACGAGAUUAUUGUCUUACGGAUCAAAACGCCCGGUUUCGCGAUCCAAACAAGGCUGACAUACUCGAGCACGGAUUGAUCAUCACUACCUUGGCUACCUCCAGCUGCCUCACAUCCCUGACCGUCGAAUUUACUCACAUCGUCAUCGACGAGGCAGCCCAGGCUCUAGAAUGCGAGGCUCUCACCGCCCUGGCACUAGCUACUAAAAAAACUCGCCUUGUCCUCGCUGGUGACCAGAUGCAAUUGACACCCGAAGUCUACAGUGACCUGGCCAAUGAGCGGGGUCUGGGUCUAAGCCUCCUGGAGAGAAUUCACAACACCUACCCACCGGCGCAUCCAUGCAAAAUACUUCUCUGUCAAAACUAUCGUGCCCACAGCAGUAUAGUUCGCCUAACCUCAGAUCUCUUUUAUUCCGGCGCGAUAGAGGCCAGCAGUAAUCUAGAGGCUCAUCCCGUGCUCAACCCUCAAACAUUCUAUGCGGUACACGGCCAGGAGAUACAGGACCUGCAGUCAACUGGAUUUUACAACGACGCGGAAACAUUCGAGGUGGGCGACCGAGUGGCGGAGCUGAAAAAAUUCUGGCCCGUCGAACAAUGGGGACCUUACGGAGAAGGUUCAAUAGGCGUCCUGGCCCAUUACGCGGAACAAGUUCUCAGGAUCCGUAACGAGCUGCGUAAAAGAAAACUAUCCGACGUUUCCGUGGAGAGGGUCCUGAAUGUCCAGGGUAAGCAAUUCACAGCGGUUUUCAUAAGCACAGUUCGCACGAGGAAUUGCUGUAGAUUCUCUGCGGAUCGUAAUAUAAGUGACUAUGGGUUCCUGACAAAUCCACGUCUCUUGAAUACCGCCAUAACCCGAGCGAAGUGCCUCGUGGCCGUCGUCGGCGAUCCCGUGGCUUUGCUGACGACGGGUUCCUGUCAGUUAUUGUGGAAGAAAUUCUUUGAGACAGCCACUAUGCACGGUGUUGAUUAUCGCACUCUUAAACAGUACCUGAACACUAUACCGGAACAACCACCAGUGAUACCCCUCAAUCCACUCGCUGAGGAGUUCAUACCCAGGAAUCCGCAGCCUCCAUUCAGAAUAGAGUAUAUAUCCAUGCCGGUUCUCUAUCCCGUGAUCUAUUGCGACCCAAACGACUCCAAUAUCGUGCAGGGUCUGUAUGGUCCUGAGCUGGGCCAGAAUCAGGAGGAGAAGCCAAAGAAAACUACAAGACCGAAUAAAUUUGCACAGAGAUAAGAACGAGGUGAUACAUAUAUUUUAAGUUUGAAGGUUGCACGAAGUCGUGCCUAUCCUCCGAGCAUUUAAUCUUGCGAUUAUGAGAUUCUCAACUUUAUACGUAACUUGGGCGCAUUUUUUCUUUGUCGCGAGUAGUAAUUUAGCAUGCUAAUAGUAAGGGAAGAGAGAGAAAAUACAAUGAAAAACAAAAAAAAAAUGCUUAAAACCGAACAAACGUUCAAACGUAGGGGUAGCAAUUAGAUUGUUCAUGUAACUUACGGCAGUAGGUAGGAGGCAUCGAGAAAACGAAAACCAACAAAAAAAAAAUAGAUAAACCAGAGGAAAAACAAAAAAAAAAUAAAAACAUGGUGCAUCGACCGGGAAAAACUUUAUUCAUAUAUUUUAACUGUAUAUUUCGUGUGACCGAGUCGUAAUCUCUGGAUGUGUGUAUGUAUGAAAUCCUCGUCUCUCUAUCAAACAGUCGCGUGAAAGAAAAAAAAUGUAAAAGACAGAGCGAGAGAGAGAAAGGUACAUGCGGACAAUUCAAAAAAUUAUAUCACCCGUCUACCGUCCACGCUUGGGCAAAUAAAUUUAUUGUGAAUGACAGAACGAAAGAAAAGCGAAAAUUGAUUACAAAAAAAAAAGAGAGAAAAGUACAACAAAAAAAAAUGAUUAAAAAAAAAAGUAUAUGAAAUGGAAAUAGGGAAAUAUAGAAGGGAACAUGAGCGACACGAGUAUCGUUAAUCGCCUAAAUGUUAGCCGUUAUUUUUCUAAUUAAGACCCCUGUACAUACCUGUACAUACUGUUUGUUUGUAAAUACGAAUAAGAUACAGAAAAACGUAGAACAAAA